AUGGGCUCUGCACGAGCCGACCCAGAGAAGAAUUAUGGUAUUGAGAGGUUUAAAGCCCUAAGGGCAGUGACAUUUGAAGGAACAGCAGAUCCGACUGAAGCUAAGUUAUGGCUGGAUGUAGUUGAAAAAUGUUUCAAUGUUAUGUGUUGUCCAGAGGGCAGGAAAGUAGGGCUAGCCACCUUUCUACUACGGAAAGAAGAAGAGAGAUGGUGGAAAGUGAUAUCUGCCAGACGAGCCAGCACAGAUGCGAUGUUAUGGCCUGAGUUCAGGAAGGCCUUUGAAGACAAGUAUUACCCCAACUCGUUUCGGGAUGCAAAAAGGGAUGAAAUCCUCAGAUUAACACAGGGAAUGAUGUCAGUGUCAGAAUAUGAGCAGAAAUUUACAGAGUUAUCACAGUAUGCUCUGCCGAUUAUUGCUGAGGAAAGAGAUAGAUGCAAGAAAUUUGAACAAGGUUUGAGCAAGGAAAUUAGAACUCCGGUGACGUCUACGACUAAUUGGCUAGAUUUUAACCAGUUAGUAGAAAUAGCAACACAAGUUGAGCGGAGUUUGGCAGAUGAUGAGUAG